GAGUGGGUGGCGACCCAGCUGCUGCGCCAGUGUUUGUGUUGGAAGCUCAGCUGAUGCAGGCCGGUUGGAGUGGACGUCAUUGCCGGGAACGAGCGAGUCGCCGCUGCAGCCCUAGUGACUGCGGCCUGCAUCCCGGUAAGACCAUGAAUUAUGGCAUUUCUUAAAUGAAGCAUUCAAGAAGUGAGAGAAUGUCAUAGAAAAUAAAUGGUUUUUAAGUUAUGUCUAUUAAUCUGACUGUAGAUAUAUAUAUUUACCUCCUUAGUAAUGCAAGAAGUGUUUGUGGGAAGCAGAGAAGCAAGCAACUGUAUUUCUUGUUCUCACCUAAGCAUUACUGGAGGAUAAGCCACAUCAGUCUACAAAGAGGUUUUCAUACAAACAUAAUAAGAUGUAAAUGGACCAAAAGUGAAGCACAUUCUUGCAGUAAGCACUGUUACUCUCCAAGCAACCAUGGUUUACAUAUUGGGAUUUUGAAACUUAGCACUUCUGCUCCCAAGGGACUUACAAAAGUGAACAUUUGUAUGUCCCGUAUUAAAAGUACUUUGAACUCUGUUUCAAAGGCUGUUUUUGGCAAUCAAAAUGAAAUGAUUUCACGUUUAGCUCAAUUUAAGCCAAGUUCCCAAAUUUUAAGAAAAGUAUCGGAUAGUGGCUGGUUAAAACAGAAAAACAUCAAACAAGCCAUCAAAUCUCUGAAAAAAUAUAGUGACAAAUCAGCAGAAAAGAGUCCUUUUCCAGAAGAGAAAAGUCACAUUAUAGACGAAGAAGAAGAUAUAGGUAAACGCAGUCUUUUUCAUUACACAAGUUCUAUAACCACAAAAUUUGGAGACUCAUUCUACUUUUUAUCAAAUCAUAUUAAUUCAUAUUUCAAACGUAAGGAAAAAAUGUCUCAACAAAAGGAAAAUGAACAUUUCCGGGACAAAUCAGAACUUGAAGAUAAAAAGGUAGAAGAGGGGAAAUUAAGAUCUCCAGAUCCUGAUAUCCUGGCUUAUAAGCCAGGCUCAGAAUCUGUACAUACUGUGAACAAGCCUACAAGUCCUUCUGCGAUACCUGAUGUUCUUCAAGUUUCAACUAAACAAAGUAUUGCUAACUUUCUUUCUCGUCCCACGGAAGGUGUACAAGCUUUAGUAGGUGGUUAUAUUGGUGGACUUGUCCCCAAAUUAAAGUAUGAUUCAAAGAGUCAGUCAGAAGAACAGGAAGAGCCUGCUAAAACUGAUCAGGCUGUCAGCAAAGACAGAAAUGCAGAGGAGAAAAAGCGUUUAUCUCUUCAGCGAGAAAAGAUUAUCGCAAGGGUGAGUAUUGAUAACAGGACCCGGGCAUUAGUUCAGGCAUUAAGAAGAACAACUGACCCAAAGCUCUGCAUUACUAGGGUUGAAGAACUGACUUUUCAUCUUCUAGAAUUUCCUGAAGGAAAAGGAGUGGCUGUCAAGGAAAGAAUUAUUCCAUAUUUAUUACGACUGAGACAAAUUAAGGAUGAAACUCUUCAGGCUGCAGUUAGAGAAAUUUUGGCCCUAAUUGGCUAUGUGGAUCCAGUGAAAGGGAGAGGAAUCCGAAUUCUCUCAAUUGAUGGUGGAGGAACAAGGGGCGUGGUUGCUCUCCAGACCCUACGAAAAUUAGUUGAACUUACUCAGAAGCCAGUUCAUCAGCUCUUUGAUUACAUUUGUGGUGUAAGCACAGGUGCCAUAUUAGCUUUCAUGUUGGGGUUGUUUCAUAUGCCCUUGGACGAAUGUGAGGAACUUUAUCGAAAAUUAGGAUCAGAUGUAUUUUCACAAAAUGUCAUUGUUGGAACAGUCAAAAUGAGUUGGAGCCAUGCAUUUUAUGACAGUCAAACAUGGGAAAACAUUCUUAAGGAUAGGAUGGGAUCUGCACUGAUGAUUGAAACAGCAAGAAACCCCACAUGUCCUAAGGUAGCUGCUGUAAGUACCAUAGUAAAUAGAGGGAUAACACCCAAAGCUUUUGUGUUCAGAAACUAUGGUCAUUUUCCUGGAAUCAACUCUCAUUAUUUGGGAGGCUGUCAGUAUAAAAUGUGGCAGGCCAUUAGAGCCUCAUCUGCUGCUCCAGGCUACUUUGCAGAAUAUGCAUUGGGAAAUGAUCUUCAUCAAAAGUCCAUAUAAUGCUUGAUGGCCUGUUACCUCCUGACACCUAUUUUAGAUUCAAUCCUGUAAUGUGUGAAAACAUACCUCUAGAUGAAAGUCGAAAUGAAAAGCUGGAUCAGCUGCAGUUGGAAGGGUUGAAAUACAUAGAAAGAAAUGAACAAAAAAUGAAAAAAGUUGCAAAAAUAUUAAGUCAAGAAAAAACAACUCUGCAGAAAAUUAAUGAUUGGAUAAAAUUAAAAACUGAUAUGUAUGAAGGACUUCCAUUCUUUUCAAAAUUGUGAUGAGUAUAUGCUUAUGUUCUCAUAAAUGAAGGCCUGUUUAGAAGAUCAACCACAUUCAAUAAGGAAUUGUGGGGUUCGACAUGAGUUAACUUUGAAAUACGUAUGAAUGCUGGAGAAUCCUGAAAAAGACGGCGCUUCAACCAGCUUGCAUAGCACAGAGAAUAUUCUUGGUUACAGAAUUCAUAUGGGAACUAGGCUUUUAAGAUGUUGAUAAUUAACUAAGCUUUAGUAACCCUUACUGUGCUAGUAGAUUUUAGUAGAUAUUGGUGUUAUAUUGUUUGAUGUUUGAAAAUAUAUUAAUAUAUGUGCCGAACAAGAAACCGAAAGCUAUAUUGUACUGUGUAUUUUUACUUUAGUCCUCAUAAUCAUGUUGAAUUUAUGUGAUCAUUGAUUUUAUUUCAUAUGGAAAAGCUAAUUUCUUCUUAAAUUUACAUUACCUAAUAUUCUCACUAGCUAGGUUCUCCAAUCCACACUGCCUUUUAUUGUAAUAUCAUCUAAAUAGAUGCAGAAAAAUGGAAUUUUCUCUAUUAAAGUAUUUUGCAUUUGACAUAAAAAAGAACCAGAUACAGUUUUCUAUUCAGAUAUGUUUAUUUUAACAUUGUUUGGUUAAAAAAGGUGAAGUUCCAGUCAACCACUUUUUACCCCUGAAAUUUCAAGAUAAUGCUAUAUUAACUUUUCCAGAUCUAACACUAGCUUAUUCUUCCCUGUUAUAAAAUGGUUUGAACUUACUGAGGAGAUAUUCCUAUCAUUAACAAAAAUAAACUAUUUAAAUAAUC